CCAGUGUGAGGAGCAGUGUGUGUGUGUGUGUGUGUGUGUGUGUGUGUGUGUGUGUGUGUUACAAAAUGUGCUUUUCAAAGGGCUGAGAGGUGGAUGGGAAUGUUUGCUUAGCUCCUCUGAGAAGAGAAAAGGUGCUUGGACCUCCGUUUGUUUCUUCUUUAGAAUAAUUUGGAUGGAAUUUGUGAUGCAGAAAAGCUUAAAGAAAAAGGGAUAGUCAUUCUGUGUGGUGGAGAAUUUUUGCAAAAACUAAUUCCUUUCUUCAAACAAGGGUGCCAUUUUGAUAUUUAUGGGGAUUGUUGUUCUCACUAUGAAGGCAUCUGUUAUUGAAAUGUUCCUUGUUUUGCUGGUGACUGGAAUACAUUCCAAUAAAGAAAUGACAAAGAAGAUUAAAAGGCCCAAGUUCACUGUGCCUCAGAUCAACUGUGAUGUCAAAGCUGGAAAGAUAAUCAAUCCUGAGUUCAUUGUGAAAUGUCCAGCAGGAUGCCAAGACCCCAAGUACCACGUUUAUGGCACUGGAAUCUACGCGUCUUACUCCAGUGUGUGUGGUGCCGCGGUACACAGUGGUGUGCUCGAUAAUUCAGGAGGAAAAAUACUUGUUCAGAAAGUGGCAGGACAGUCCGGUUACAAAGGGAGUUUCUCCAAUGGUGUUCAGUCCUUAUCCCUACCAAGAUGGAGAGAAUCCUUCAUCGUCUCAGAAAGUAAACCCCAAAAGGGUGUGACCUACCCAUCAACUCUGACGUAUUCAUCAUCCAAAAGCCCAGAUGCCAAAGCAGGCGAGACCACAAAAGCCUAUCAAAGGCCAUCUGCUCCAGGGACAACUGCACAGCCAGUCACCCUGAUGCAGAUUCUGGCUAUGCCAGCAGCUGAGGUCACCCACGCCACCUUGCCAAAGCCAUUCCCAUUUGCAACCUCUGCCACCAGCAGCCCCAGACCUCAGCCUGUGGGCCACGGGAGCUGGGAGAUGGGUACCCCAAAACAGGACUCUCCAGGAGCUGCCUUCCAGGAUCCCAUGGGAGCAGAUGUCAGCCUCGGAUUUAUUCCAAAAGAAGAAUUAAGCACACAGUCUUCGGAGCCGGUAUCCCAGGGAGAUCCAAACUGCAAAGUAGACUUGUCAUUUUUAAUUGAUGGAAGCUCCGGCAUUGGCAAACGUCGAUUCCAAAUCCAGAAGCAAUUCCUGGCUGACAUCGCCCAGGCCCUUGACAUUGGCCCUGCUGGUCCUCUGAUGGGUGUGGUUCAGUAUGGUGACAACCCUGCUACCCAGUUUAACCUCAAAACUCACAUGAAUUCUCGAGACCUGAAGACAGCUAUUGAGAAAAUUACCCAGAGAGGAGGGCUUUCUAAUGUAGGCCGGGCCAUCUCCUUUGUGACCAAGACCUUCUUUUCCAAAGCCAAUGGAAACAGAGGUGGUGCUCCCAAUGUGGCCGUAGUGAUGGUGGAUGGUUGGCCCACAGACAAAGUGGAGGAGGCUUCAAGGCUUGCAAGAGAAUCUGGAAUCAACAUUUUCUUCAUCACUGUGGAAGCUGCUGCGGAAAAUGAGAAGCAGUAUGUGAUGGAGCCCAACUUUGCCAACAAGGCUGUGUGCAGAACCAAUGGCUUCUACUCGUUCAACGUGCAGAGCUGGUUGGGCCUCUCCAAGACCAUGCAGCCCCUGGUGAAGCGGGUCUGUGACACCGACCGCCUGGCCUGCAGCAAGACCUGCUUAAACUCAGCCGACAUCGGCUUCGUCAUUGACGGCUCCAGCAGCGUGGGGACAGGCAACUUCCGCACGGUCCUGCAGUUUGUGGCCAACAUCAGCAAAGAGUUUGAGAUUUCAGACACAGACACACGCAUCGGGGCCGUGCAGUACACCUACGAGCAGCGGCUGGAGUUUGGGUUUGACAAGUACAGCACCAAGCCCGACAUCCUCAACGCCAUCAAGAGGGUGGGGUACUGGAGUGGUGGCACCAGCACCGGCGCUGCCAUCCACUAUGCCCUGGAGCAGCUCUUCAAGAAGUCCAAGCCCAACAAGAGGAAGCUGAUGAUCCUCAUCACCGACGGCAGGUCCUACGACGACGUGCGGAUACCAGCCAUGGCCGCCCAUCAGAAGGGAGUGAUCACCUAUGCAAUAGGGGUUGCAUGGGCUGCACAGGACGAGCUGGAGGUCAUUGCCACUCACCCUGCCAGAGACCACUCCUUCUUUGUGGAUGAGUUUGACAACCUGUACAAAUCCGUCCCCAGGAUCAUCCAGAACAUUUGUACAGAGUUCAAUGCCCAGCCGCGGAACUGAAUUCAGAGCAGCAAAGCAUAGCAAAUGCUGCCCUACUGACUGGCUCUUUGGACGGUGCUUUCUGGGGCACCCACAGGGUGGGCGAGUCUUAGGGAGGGCUUGGGCAAACAAGAUGCAUUUCUGUUCUUUGCCAUUGCAGUUCUCAUAUGUCAAAACUUGGCACUGGAAAUAUGAUCAUCGACUUACAGAUUGAAUCAAAAAAAUAUGUCAUUUUUAGGGUGCUGAGGAUUUACAUUUUGACAGUUGUUUUCAAAAUCCAUGCUCAGAAGAGAGUGCAGCACUUAUUGACAGGCUUAAAUGGAGCUUUUGUGAGCAUUUUUUUAUUUUUAUUUCUCAUAGAACUCUGUAACCCUCAACAAGUUUCAUUUUGUCAUGACAGUGUAGGAGUUGCUUAAUUAAAUGUUUAAAAGGAUCA